CUUCCCUCCGACGAGCCAUCGCAGCGGGUGCACUGUCCCUGGGGUAGUUCGUGGGGGGACAAGUGGUUCGGAGAAAGUGGACUCCUCGUUCCCUCCCCCUUUUCCCCCAUCCCUACCAUGGGCUUUGCCCUGGAGCGCUUCGCCGAAGCGGUGGACCCGGAUUUCCAGUGCAGGCUGUGCGGCCAGGUGCUGGAGGAGCCCCUGUGCACGCCGUGCGGGCACGUCUUCUGCGCCCGCUGCCUGCUGCCCUGGGUGGCGCGGCGGCGCCGGUGCCCGCUGCAGUGCCAGCCCCUGGCGCCGGGCGAUCUGUACCGGGUGCUGCCUCUGCGCAGCCUCGUCCAGAAGCUGCGCACCCAGUGCGACUACCGCGCCCGCGGCUGCGGCCACUCGGUCGGGCUGCGCGAGCUGGCGGCGCACGUCGAGCGCUGCGACUUCGGCCCUGCCCGCCGCCGCCGCCGGGGUUGCGUCUCCGGGCCGUGCGGCCGGGGCGGCGGGGACGCGUCCGCGCGGGGGGGCUGCGGCUCAGCGCCCGGGGUCCGCCGCGGCGGGACGCCGGGAGUCCGUGGCGGGAGCGGGCGGGCGCCAGGGCCUCAAGUCCUGGCCUGGAGGCGGCGCGAGAAGGCGCUGCUGGCGCAGCUCUGGGCGCUGCAGGGGGAGGUGCUGCUCACGGCCCGCAGGUACCAGAAGAAGUUCACCCAGUACAUGGCUCACGUCCGCAACUUCGCCAGGGACCCGGGCGGCGGCCGCGGCCGGGAUGGAGAGCAUAAGCCAUUCACUAUUGUGUUAGAAAGAGAAAAUGACACUUUGGGAUUCAAUAUUAUAGGAGGUCGACCAAAUCAGGAUAAUCAAGAAGAAACACCAAUGGAAGGAAUUUAUGUUUCAAAGAUUUUGGAAAAUGGACCUGCUGAUAGAGCAGAUGGCUUGGAAAUUCAUGACAAAAUCAUUGAGGUCAAUGGGAAGGAUCUCUCAAAGGCCACCCAUGAAGAGGCAGUGGAAGCUUUUCGAAAUGCCAAGGAGCCCAUUGUGGUCCAGGUGCUAAGGCGAACACCUCUCAGUAAACCAGCCUAUGGGACGGCCCCAGAAGUGCGGCUCGUGAACGCCAGCACCCAGACGGACAUCACCUUUGAACAUAUCAUGGCCCUGGCCAAACUUAGGCCACCCACCCCUCCAGUGCCCGACAUCUGUCCAUUUCUGCUCUCAGACAGCUGCCAUUCUCUUCAUCCGAUGGAGCAUGAAUUUUAUGAGGACGAUGAGUAUCUUUCCAGCUUGCCUGCUGAUGCAGACAGAACUGAGGACUUUGAAUAUGAGGAGGUCGAGUUGUGUCGUGUUAACAGUCAAGAGAAGCUGGGCCUGACAGUCUGUUACCGAACGGAUGAUGAAGAAGACACCGGCAUUUAUGUCAGCGAGGUAGAUCCAAACAGCAUUGCUGCCAAAGAUGGCCGGAUUCGAGAAGGGGAUCGUAUUUUGCAAAUAAAUGGGGAAGACGCCCAGGAUCGAGAGGCGGCGGUGGCCCUGCUAUCUAGUGAUGAGUGCCGGAGAAUCGUGCUGCUGGUCGCAAGGCCGGAGAGUCAGCUGGAGGAAGGCUGGCUAGAAGAUGAAAGGAAUGAAUAUUUAGAGGAGUUAAACUUAUCGAUGUUGGAGGAACAGCAUAAUGAAGCAAUGCAGCGCACUGCCAGUCAGGUGGAGCAGCCAAAAAAACAAGAAGAAGAAGAAGGCACAACAGACACGGCAACAUCCUCAUCCAACAACCAUGAGAAGGACAGUGGAGUGGGGCGCACAGAUGAAAGCUUGCGGAACGACGAGAGCUCAGAGCAGGAGAAUGCAGCCGAGGAUCCCAAUGGCACAUCUUUGAAGAGCAAGAGAGAGCUGGGGCAGAGCCAAGACACUCUGGGAAGCACUGAACUUCAGUGUAAUGAGAGCUUCGUGUCUGGUGAAUACAUUGACUCGGACUGUACUGGCAACCAAGAUGAGGAGUGCGAAAGGUUUCGGCAGCUCUUGGAGCUCAAAUGCAAGAUUCGGAAGCAUGGAGAGUAUGACCUGUAUUACUCAAGCAGCACAAUAGAAUGCAAUCAAGGGGGACGAGAGGGAGUGGAGCACGAACUACAGUUGCUUAAUGAAGAGCUAAGAAACAUUGAACUUGAGUGCCAAAAUAUCAUGCAGGCUCACAGGCUCCAGAAAGUGACAGACCAGUAUGGAGACAUCUGGGCACUGCAUGAGGGAGGAUUCCGAAAUUAUAACACCAGCAUAGAUAUGCAGAGGGGAAAACUAGAUGACAUCCUUGAACACCCAGAAAAGUCAGACAAAGACAGUUCUAGUGCUUACAACACAGCUGAAAGCUGCAGAAGCACUCCACUCACUGUGGACCGUUCCCCUGACAGUUCCCUCCCAAGAGUGAUCAACCUCACCAAUAAGAAAAACCUGAGAAGCACAAUGGCAGCCAAUCAGUCCUCUUCUGGACAGAGUAGUAAAGAGUCAACCAAAGCCAAAACCACUGAACAAGGUUGCGGCAUUGAAGGCAAAGAGAAGACUUCAGAAGGCAGCAAGCUUUCUGAUCCAGAGAAGACCAGCGGUGAACACAUCCCUUACCUCUCUCCUUACCACAGCUCCUCCUAUAGAUAUGCAAACAUCCCAGCACAUGCCCGGCAUUAUCAAAGUUACAUGCAGUUAAUUCAACAGAAGUCCGCAGUCGAGUACGCUCAGAGCCAGCUCAGCUUGGUGAGCGUGUGCAAGGAGUCUCAGAAGUGCUCAGAACCCAAGAUGGAAUGGAAGGUGAAAAUCAGGAGUGACGGGACACGGUACAUCACCAAGAGACCCGUGAGGGACCGCAUUCUGAAGGAGCGUGCCUUAAAGAUCAAGGAGGAGCGGAGUGGCAUGACGACGGACGAUGACACCAUGAGUGAGAUGAAAAUGGGGCGCUACUGGAGCAAAGAGGAGAGGAAGCAACACCUGGUGCGGGCCAAAGAGCAGCGGCGCCGCCGAGAGUUCAUGAUGCGGAGCCGGUUGGAGUGUCUCAAGGAGAGUCCCCAGAGCGGCAGCGAGGGCAAGAAGGAGGUCAACAUCAUUGAACUGAGUCACAAAAAGAUGAUGAAGAAGAGAAACAAGAAAAUUUUGGACAACUGGAUGACAAUCCAAGAACUGAUGACCCAUGGGGCCAAGUCCCCUGAUGGCACACAAGUUCCUAAUGCCUUUUUGUCAGUCACUGCGGUAUGACCGAAUGGAUGGAAGGCAGCUGACUUUCAGAGGGUGCUACCAGUUUGGGUAGAGGAUGCUUGCCUCGUUCAAUGUGGCGUUUUUUAUAUAUAUUUUGUGACUCUUUAUAGUUUAAAUUUUUUGUAAGCAAAAAUACCUGCUAAUUUUUCAUUUGUUUUUCAUAUACUGGUACCUUCUUUUUGGCUGAGAUUUUUCUUUAACUUGUGAUAUAUUCGUAUUUCUCAUUUAUAUAUAAAAACAAACAAAAGGAAAGAAAACAAAAAAAAUGAACAAAAAUACUGAGGAGCUAAUUAAUUUCCUAUUUUAAUGUAUCUAUUGUAGAUCUGGGUUUAUUGCUCUAGUUUACUUAUUUUCUACUUUAAUAACAACUCAAUGCCAAAACAUUUCUCUGCUUGCUUCUUGGCAUAAUACAUAUGAAGUCAAACCUGUUGAUAAAUCAUGUGCCACAUCUUGUCUUAUACAUAAAAGCCACCUCUUUUUAACAUGCCGUUGUACAUUUAACACAUAAAUGGCCGUUGUCUUUGUCUCAGUAAAGUGUAGGUGGACAAUCUUUCUGUGGUAUGUAGUGACAUUGGUCAUGUAGCUAGAUAGUUGUGGUAAUUGUGACAAUAAAAGCGAAAUAAAUUAUUGAUUAUCCCUGAGAAAAGCUA